AUGGCUCCACACUCCUCUCCACCCGGCUGUGCCAGCUGCGCCUGUCUGGCGGAAAAGAUCCAGGAGCUGGAGCGAAGGAUCUCCACUCUCUACCAGAUCCAGGAAGCCGAGAAACUCAUGGACACCAUCGUCUUCAGAACACCACAUCCCGACUCCACCGGCUCGUCAGAUCCAGACCCCGCCGCUCCCAACACCUCUCCCCCGGCUGCUGUGACCACCUCUCCUCCGCCUGCUCAUCCAUCCCUCUUCCCCGAU